AAUCAACAUCAUUAAUUCAUUACAAGGCAUUUCCCAGAAGAAACUUUGAACAUUAUCUUCUAUAUACAUGCAAAUGUGUUCACACACAUGUUUACAUAUUACCUGCUGCCUGCUGCUUCUCAAGAAAUGUUUUCUCAUUCUCAUAUACACUUGUGGUCGAGGAGGAACUGUUUAUCGCUCCAAUGAGUACUUCAAUCCACCUCUUGAUCGUUAUGUCAUUUGCAUUAAGUUUUGGUGGUGAAGCAGCGCAUGGAGCGAAAUUUGGGGUUGGUUUGGUUGUGGAUGAGCGGUCUCCGAUGGGAGAGGUUGUGAAGAAGUGUAUUCAAAUGGCUGUUCAUGACUUUUACGCCAUAAACGCUCACUAUAACACCAAGAUUAAUCUUCACGUAAGGAAUUCCGCCAGUGAUCCUUUGCUUGCUUUUACAUAUGUUGUAGACCUUUUGGAGAAUGUUAAGGUGGGGGCAAUUAUAAUACCAGAAAUGUGGAAUGAAGUGACACUUUUUGCCAGGCUUAGUCAUAAAGCUAGAGUUCCCAUGUUUUCCUUUUCUUCAUUACUGUCCCCAAAUGGAUAUCCUUAUUUUGUUCAAAUAUCUCAAGAUGGGGAUAUGGGACUCAAAGGCAUUGUUGCAUUUAUAGAAAGAGCUAAAUGGAAGACUGUCAUACUUAUACAUGAUGAAACUGAGUAUGGGAUGAAAGAUCUCUCCCGUUUGAUUGAUUUCUUCCAAGAGAUUGACAUACGUGUGGUUAACAAGACUUCCAUUUCUCUUUCGACUGAAGAACAUCAAAUUAUUGAAGAGUUAAAUAAGCUCAAGAAAAUGGAGACUUCAAUUUUCAUUGUGCACCUGUCAGCUUCCUUGACGCCUCUCCUUUUUGAAAAUGCAAAAAGAUUAGGAUUGAUGGGGAUCAUUAGGAUUCAAAUCUUACAUUCCAGCUUCAGGAAAGCUUAAAAAUUUCACUUUGAAGUGGCUUAGACAGUCUAACACAGAAGCGUCUAUGGAGUUGAAUGUAUUUGGUAUAUGGGCAUAUGAUGCAGUAUGGGCACUGGCACUGGCAAUUGAAAAGGUUGGGAAACGAAUCCCUCAAACCAAAGAAGAAUGCAAGGACCUCCUAAAUUUUACAAGUAUUCGUGUUUCGGAUGAUGGUGGCUCAUUAGUAUUGAAGGAGGUAAAGAAUAGCAGAUUUGUCGGUUUAGCUGGUGAGUUUAAACUUCUGAAUGGAGAAGUAGGCUCAAAGGCAUAUGAAGUUGUUAAUGUCAUGGGCCAAGGGGAGAGAAGAGUUGGAUUUUGGACUCUAAAUAGUGGGUUCACCAUUCAUCCAUCCUCAAAUGAACCAAAUAAUUGUUUUCAUGGUGAUCUUGAUUCCAUUAUUUGGCCAGGGCCGUCUUUAGCUACCCCAAAAGAAUGGUCAGGUAAAAAGAUAAGAGUUGGUGUGCCUAUACAGCAGGCGUUUAAGGAAUUCAUUGAUGUCCAUCAUGUUGUUCAAUCAAAUACAACAAUUGUGGAGGGUUUCUCUGUUGAUGUGUUCCUUGCUGCCAUUGGGAGUUUAGAGUAUGAAGUACCCUUUGAAUUUAUCCCUUUUCUGAUUGUGGAUGAAAAAGGAAAGCGUCAUUCCCAUUACAGCGAUCUUCUUCAUCAGACUUACCUUAAGAACUUUGAUGCUGCCGUGGGAGACAUAACCAUCACCUCAAAUAGAUCUACAUUUGUGGACUUUACAUUGCCUUAUACUGAAGCUGGAGUGGGAACUGUGGCACGCUUGGGCAGUGCAGGAGCAUGGUUCUUCUUAAAGCCUUUCAGGACAGAUUUAUGGAUAAUUAUUGUUGUUUCCUUCAUUGUGACAGGUUUAGUCAUUUGGCUAAUCGAACACGAAAGGAAUGAAGAUUUCCAAGGUUCACUGGCUCAACAAGUUGGAACAACUUUGUGGUUUGCUGCUUCAACUCUUGUUUAUGCUCAGAGGGAACGAAUACAGAGUAAUCUGUCAAGAUUCAUAGUUAGCAUCUGGAUGUUUGUUGUGCUCAUAAUUUCAUCGAGCUACACCGCAUCACUGAGUUCACUUCUGACGUUACAACAAAUUCGGCUUGCAAAGGGAGACUAUAUAGGUUACCGUUCAUUCCAAGAAGGAAUCAUUUUUAACAACAUGAAUAUUUCUGGAAGUAGGCUUAUUCGCUACAAUUCACCUGAAGAAUUCCAUGAAGCUCUUUCCAAAGGGACCAUAGGAGGUAUAGUUGAUGAGAUUCCUUACAUCAAGAGUUUUCUUGCCAAGUAUCCAUCUCAAUAUGCACUCAUCAGCACUGCACCAACUACAAAUGGCUUUGGCUUUGCUUUCCAGAAAGGAUCGCCGUUAGUCCCUGAGAUAUCUCGAGCAAUUGCUAGACUUAGAGAAGAAGGAAAACUCGCGGAGCUGGAGGACAAAUGGUUUAAGAAUCAUCCGUCUAUGCUAACUCAAGACGGCGAGAGCUCUAACAUUAAGACUCUAAAUGUUGACAACUUCAGAGGCCUAUUUCUUGUGAGUGGGAUCUCUAAAGCUAUUGCUGUUACCAUGUUUCUUUGUUUAGUACUUCGUAAUAAGUUGUCAGUUUAUCACUAUAUUCUCAGAAUUGCUUUAGGUGGGAAGUUGGCAUUUAUGAUUAAGUACCUAUUUUGCAGAAAGGAAUUUAUCAUUGAGGGACGCAAUGAGAAUAGCCACAACCAUAUAUAAAUCAUAAACCAGGCCACCUCCAUAUAUCAACCUAUAAUAAUUGUCAUAUAGAUGGUUAAUUAGCAUUAUGGGUCAUAUAUCCUAAUGUUCUUAAGCCUCGAGGUUGUUUCUUGCCCAGGCAUGGAUUUCAUUCUUGUUAUCCACAAAUCCCAGAUGGCCUGUGUAGGGAUUAUACAUCUGUCCUAAUAGCCCUCUGUAAAUAGAAGUUAUUUGUCAAAUAAGUUUUAUAAUUUUUCGAAUGUAAUCGAGUUCUUGAAUUGAAAAAAGUUUUAAGUAGAGGUUAAAAUUUAUAGGGAAAAAAUUUAAUUAGUUGUAGCAAAUUGCUUGUUUACUACGAUGAUGCGAACAUGUAU